GUGUGGUUCAGGAUGGGUUAUGCUGCCAUGCAAGCUGAAAGAUACGACAUAGUUGUCAAGGCCUAUUAUAGAUGUGUAAUCCUUGAUAAUGAAAACUUUGAAGCCUGGAAUAAUUUGUCAACUGCUUAUAUUAAAACUGACCAAAAGAUGAAGGCUUACAGAACACUUCAAGAAGCACUCAGGUGUAAUUAUGAAAGCUGGAAAGUAUGGGAGAACUUUUUAUGGACAUGCACCGAUGUUGGUCAGUUUGAAGACACCAUUCGUGCGUAUCAUCGUUUGUUAGAUCUAAAGUCCCAUUAUGUCGAUGCUGAAGUACUACAAAUAUUGGCUGAUGCGGUUGUCAAGGGAACAACAGAUACAGAAGGACGGUCAGCUUCAAGGUUGAAAAGAAAGGCACUGGAAUUAUUUGGGAAACAGACUUCACAGGUGACAAAUAAUUCUGAUGUUUGGAUGGCUUACGCUACAUUGCUUGGAAGGUGCCAAUCAGAUAACGAAACUGAUAACGACAAGGCACUUCAGUGUUUACAGAAAGCCCAUAGAGUGAGAACACAGGCUGGACACUGGUUUAAUGAGUUCAAGUCUUGUAAAGAAACCUUACAAGAAUCAAUUCAACUUGCACAAGCCUAUAUCAGCUGCAGUUCAAAGAAAACCAAUUCAGGGGAAUCAGUACAGUUACUAUCAUCGGCAAAAUUAAUGUUGAAGCCAGUCUUGAGCAAGGUGAAGCAAACACACGAGGAUGUGGUUAGCGGAGACAUUCAUCCAGACCUCGCUGAAACCUACAAGGCAGCAGAGCAACAACUUCAAGCCAUAGUAGAGCUAAUACAACAACAAAAGUAAACCAGCCUGCAACAAAGACAAUUGGAUUAAAAUUAUUUUAAUUCUGUGGACUGAUAUGUAUAUUUACAAUUAUUGUUCUCUUGUCCAAUCAUGUUGUACGAUACAUACAAUAUAGUAAAUAUCUACUGGAAAUUAAA